CAAUGGCAGGCAAAUCAUCGCUUUUUAAAGUCAUCCUCCUUGGAGAUGGCGGAGUUGGGAAAAGCUCUCUCAUGAACAGAUACGUCACCAAUAAGUUUGAUACCCAGCUGUUCCAUACAAUAGGUGUGGAGUUUCUAAAUAAAGAUCUGGAGGUGGAUGGCCAUUUUGUUACCAUGCAGAUUUGGGACACGGCUGGGCAGGAGCGUUUCAGGAGCCUGAGGACCCCAUUUUACAGAGGGUCGGACUGUUGCCUGCUUACUUUUAGUGUCGACGAUUCACAAAGCUUCCAGAAUUUGAGCAAUUGGAAGAAAGAAUUCAUCUACUAUGCUGACGUGAAGGAGCCAGAAAGCUUUCCUUUUGUGAUUUUAGGGAACAAGAUCGACAUUAGUGAGCGGCAAGUUUCGGCAGAAGCAGCCCAAGCCUGGUGCAGGGACAACGGCGACCAUCCUUACUUUGAAACCAGUGCGAAAGAUGCCACCAAUGUUGCAGCUGCCUUUGAGGAGGCAGUUCGAAGAGUUCUUGCCAUGGAGGAUAGGUCGGAUCACUUGAUUCAGACAGACAUGGUCAAUCUGCACCAGAAACCCAGGCCCAGCUCAUCUUGCUGUUGAACUUGAAAGAGACGUGGGGGCGGUCUAACCAACUCACACGU